AAUGUCCACAGAUUCAGAAAUCCUCUGGCAGGCUGUUCCAAAGGCUAGGACCAUAAUAGCUAAAAGCUGCUAUACUGUAUAUGAGAAAUACUGUCAAUUGUGUUUGAUCGGUUCAAAAUUUUGCCUGUUGCCUGGUACACUAAAUUAAUUUAUCUUAUGUCUAUUUUUGGAGUUUGGUGGAUUUAGUGUGCUCCUAAACAUCCAUUUCCCCAUCCAUUUUUUAGGCUCGUAUGUUCCCCGGUGAUCUGUUAAAUGUCGCUGAAAAAAACUGUUCACUGAGUAGCCUACUUCACCUUGUUUGACUCUGCCACAAUGCUCUACCUGAAAACUUACCUGCGACCUUUAGGUCAGAAAGCAGGUUCUUAAAUCACACCAGUUCUUAACCCACACCACAAUAUACCACCAAUUAUAUUUUAUUUUGUCGUAAUUUUGUUUGUUAUUGAAUCAUUUUUUUUUACAACAGUUCGACGUCAGCUUGUAUGCAAAUGCAACUCCCAUUUCUUGAUGUGCUAAAUGGGUUGUGCUAGCUCAGCAUUAAAACAAAUGAACUGGAACACCGGACGCAACAGAUUUUAUCUUUCGAAAGUUUCCUGUCGACUGCUGAACAUGUUUUAGCAUGUUUGUCCACUGAACUGUUCUUACUGUAUACAGUGUGUGCAUUAGGUUUAUCCAAAGACGGAGGGCACGCUUAGUCUGCGUGAACAAAAGCUGGAAUCUACACGAGUGGAAAGCUACAUUGAGAGACGUUUUAAACGAACAACGUUAACACCAAUGUAGCUCAUGUUUUAUCCGGAUACUUGUUACGUUCUAGUCGGCUCGAAAUCUUUUCAACCGGUUGCUCCGGUUUACGCCUGAAGCGAACUCUAAGCGGCGUUUAGACAUUUAUGUCAUCUGAGCACAUUUUGGCCGUUGAGGUCACUGGACUUGUUCUGCGUGAAAAGGAGAAGGGGCUUCGUUUCGUGAAGAAGGAGAGAGAUGUUUGCAGUGCAUGGUGGUAUCAGUGGCGUUUCAUUAUGCAUUGCCUUGCUGUUGGCCGUUCUGUCAGUUUCACCUCCAGUGUCCUCGCUUUCCAUUGUCAAAGGGGAGUUUGGGGCCUCUGUCACUUUACCCUGUGAUGGGUCGGAGUUCAGGGGGACCCCUGAGGCCCAGCUGGACGUCCUGUGGCGGACGUCGGAAGGGAAGAAAGUGGCUCACUACUCCCGCAGGGAUCAUAGCGUGGGCAUUCACUUUGAGGGGAGAGUCACGUUCCCCACAGAGAGGAUUCGGCAGGGUGACUUCUCUAUCAACAUCAGCUCCGUUACGUUCCGCGAUGAGUACUCUUACGAGUGCGUGUGGAAGGGUCCCGAUGAAAGGGGUCUUAACGAUGUGAGACUCUACGUUUUGGAGCCCCCCAUUCCAAAUCAUCUCUCUGUUCCUGUUGGCGAUUCGGUCACUUUGCCCUGCUACGGUCAUAUUAACAAACAGGCGCCAGAGGAAUCCUUUGUCCAGUGGAAAAGAGGAGAUGAACUGGUCCUGGUGCACGGCUCGGACGAGGUCACCUAUGGCCCGAAGUACGAGGGAAGGGCAUCCGUGUCUUCCGAAAGAAUCCAAAAAGGCAACUUCUCUUUGUCCUUGAGUGUCACGGGUUUGUGUGACUCAGGAGUCUACCAGUGCUCCACUGAGUUGAACCCAAAUGCAUCUUGGAUCGUUCUUGAACUUAAAGAUUUUGGGAACUUCACGCCAGUCAGUCUUGACCUAGGGAUGCCUUUCAGCCUCAGUUUACCCCGAGAACCAGUGGAGGUGAUCUUCUCUAAGGAGGGUGCAUUCCCCGAAGAGCCACUGUGCUCUGUGGACACGGGUGAUUUUAAGUGUGAACCAAAGUACAAGAGCAGGAUGGAAAGGGACAGUAAUACUCUUACAUUGCCGAAUAUGACAUUAGAUGAUGUGGGAACUUACACAGUGAUCCACUCCAGGAACUGUGUCAUCAAAAAAAUCAUAAUCAUAAAAAAUUCAAAUAAUGACCAAAACUUAUUAUUCCACAAGAUUUUUAUUCCGAUUGUAGUACUAGGUGUAGCAUGUAUAAUAUUGUGGUGUAUGUGUGCAUGUAAUUAUAAAAAAAGAAAAUAUUGGAAAUGUGUCAGUGAGCACCCCUAGUCAGGAAGCCAGCGCUGAUGAACAGGAACCCCAGACCACGUGAGGUGCUGAGGAUCGCUCGGGACAGUAACGUGCUUGCAGCAGAUCUCCCUUCUGAUGGAGUGAGAAGACUCAGUCAGUGGAUUUGGCAGGACAACGCACUCCAUUCCACUCCAUUGUGGAACAUUCCGGAACGUUUUGCUGUUGGACCACAGACACUCAGGGACAUAAGAUAGGGAGUUCCUCUGGUCGCUACCAGGCAAGCGCGUGCCUGUUCAUCCAGAGCAUGAGGAAGAAGAGUUUGGCAGCCUACAUCGCAGUCCUCCACUUCCCACUGGGGAAUCCAUUUCAGGCCAUAUUUUACUGCUGUGCUGGCUAAGCAUCCUGGAUUUGAAGUGCAGCUGUUAUCAUUGUGGUGCUCCUGAUUUGUGUGUCUGUGUGUGUGUAUGUAUUUGUGUACUGUAUAUGAGCAAAACCCAGUCAGCAAAAGCCAAAAUGUAGACAUCUGGAUGGGUGGAAAUCUAGAACGAGACGUUUUAACAUAAAUUAACUGCUGGUUAUCCCCCAAUAUACCGUAUAUUUUAGCUUGGUAAAGCCUGUCAAUGUUCAAGCGGACUGGAAAACUAUUAUUUUUGGACCAAAUGUAGCCGGGAUUUCACCUGAACUAGACACCAAAUUUUCCACCACAAAAUUGUUCAUUGGGAAGUUCGCUGCUGCACUUUAAGGGAACUGGUUGGUAUCAACUGAGGCCAAAACUGAGCUCUUUGGCAUGAGAUGAAGGACAUUUAUGUGAAAAAAAAGACUUCAUACCUACUGUGAAAUGUGGUGGAGAUUUUAUGAUAUCGGUUUGUCUUGUGUCUACGGGGUCUGCGGCUCUUGGACCCUUGGACCCUUUCUGACUUAAAUCCAUUUAGCCAAGAAAUGUGUUCCGUACUGUAUCAGCAUAAUUUACAGCUGAAUCCUGCCCCCCCCCCCCCCCAAUUUCCAUAAAGAUCCAGACAAAUGCAAAGAGUUUUUGUGUCGCUUGUAGGACAACCUGACAAUAAGAUAUCCAGACUCUGAUGUUGAUAGGUCACAGACAUCAGGAAGUCAUGGUAUGCAAAGGAUAUGCACGACACUUAUUUGUCAUUAUGUUAAUUUGUCUAAAACACUGAAAUGGGGGACUACGUAUAGAAAGUGCUGUAAUUACUACAUGGUGAAACCACAAUGUAUAAGAAUACCCUCUAAUAAAAGCUCUGAGUCUGCACUUUGACCACGUGUGAAUUGUUUGAUUACAAACAGAAAAUAAAAUAUUAAUUUGGAAAAAUCAA